AUGGCGGCGAAUCCAAGGCCACUACAGGCGCGUCCGUACGAACGUCAAGAGCAAGUGCCACCUGUGGAGAUCGAUGACGAUGAAGGUGACGGUGAAUACGAUGACGGUGGUGAUGAUACCAUGGAUGAGGCUGAGGACGGGCACGUGACCUCGGUUAAUGCUUCCAACCACCACGGCCGUGGAGUUGUGGUGCCGUCGAGGACAAGUGAGCUCACUCUCGCUUUCGAAGGCGAGGUCUAUGUUUUCCCCGCUGUUACACCAGACAAGGUGCAAGCAGUGCUCUUGCUUUUGGGGGGCCCUGAAAUACCGACUGCAUUGCCCACUGUUGAUGUUCAUUUUGAACCAAAUAAAAAGGGUGUGAAAGAUAUACCAAAGAGGUCAAAUCUUUCACGAAGAAUAGCCUCUCUAGUUAGAUUCCGAGAAAAAAGAAAAGAGAGAUGCUUUGACAAGAAAAUCAGGUACAAUGUUCGAAAGGAGGUUGCUCAGAGUUUGAAUAAUGGCAAGGAGUAUGGUGAAUCUGGGCGAGCCAUAGACCCAAUGGCUCUUUGGUUCCACUUCUUCGUUCUCAUCCUUGGUAGAGUGCAAGCAGUGCUCUUGCUUUUGGGGGGCCCUGAAAUACCGACUGCAUUGCCCACUGUUGAUGUUCAUUUUGAACCAAAUAAAAAGGGUGUGAAAGAUAUACCAAAGAGGUCAAAUCUUUCACGAAGAAUAGCCUCUCUAGUUAGAUUCCGAGAAAAAAGAAAAGAGAGAUGCUUUGACAAGAAAAUCAGGUACAAUGUUCGAAAGGAGGUUGCUCAGAGGAUGUACAGGAAGAAUGGUCAAUUUGCAUCCUUGAAAGCAUCUUCUAGUUGGGAUCCUGGAAAGAGUUGCCCCCAAGGGGAUGGAACACCUCGUCAGGAAACUGUUCCCCGGAGAUGUCAACAUUGUGGCGUUAGUGAAAAUGCUACUCCUGCAAUGCGUCGUGGGCCUGCUGGGCCGAGGACACUCUGCAAUGCAUGUGGGCUUAUGUGGGCAAAUAAGGGAACAUUGAGAGAUCUCAACAAGGGAGGGAGGAAUCUUUCUUUGGACCAAAUUGAACCGGAAACACCUAUUGAUAUGAAACCUUCAAUCCUCGGACGCAAAAAUUUUUCCGGCAAUCAAGAUGCCCCUGGAACUCCUGACGAUCUUUCCAAGGCUGUGACUUCAACUGAAAAUGACACUGUUAUUCCAGAUGAGGAACAUUUAUGUGAAACUGCAGAAGAACUUACAAACAGUUUGCCUAUGGUAAUUGUCAAUUCUUCAGACAACCUUGAUGAGCAGGAAACUCUCGUUGAGUUUGCAAAUGCUUCUGAACCAGAGUUGGAUAUUCCUGCUAACUUUAAUUAG